AUGGCGGCCGCCGCCAAUAUGCCCGCGCAGCGCCCGCGCCAGCGCCAGCGCGCGCCCCGCCCCUCCCCGGUACAGGCGGAGGUGUGGGCGCAGCAGCGCGCGUUGGAGCGCGUGGCGGAGGAGGUGGAGGCGGAGAUUGCGCGCGCGCUGGCGGACCGGCGCACGGACGACGCGGUGAGGCUGCUGUGGCGGGAGCGGCAGGCGGGGCGGUGGGCGGGCAGCCGCUGCUGGAGCCGCGCGGUGGCGCAACUGAGCCUCCGCGGGCAGUGGCGCAAGGCGAAGCGGCUGAUCGACGAGGUGUCCCGCGCGCAGUUAGGGGGACAGGCGGGCGGAGAGGCGCAGGCGGAGCGCAGGGGUGCGUGGGAGCAGCAGUGGCUGGCGGGGAGUGCGGUGGGGAGUGGUGCUGGAGAGAGUGGAGAGGUGUUCAGAGAGGUGCAGGUGGAUGAAGACGCGUUCGGGCUCGCUGUGAUGGCAGCGGCGCGCAGUGGCUGUGCGGCUGACGCAGCGGAGCUCCUGGCGCAGAUGCUGCGCGAGGGGCACCUGCCGCGCGUGGCGGUGUGGAGCGCCGUGGUGAGCCGCAUGGGCCGCGACCCCGCGCUCGCUGCCGCCGCCGUGAGGCUCUUCAGGGACUGCUGCGAUGUCGCUGCUGCCAAGAGCGCCCCCCACAUGCGCCCGGACACAGCAGCCUUCAACGCAGCCAUCAACGCGGCGGUGACAGCUGGCGACCUCCCAUUGGCGGAGCGGCUGCUGGGGGAGGGCAUGGCAGGAGCUGGCGUGACCCCCGACGCCAUCAGCUUCAACAUUCUGAUCAAGGGGCGCGCAGCACAGGGCAUGCCUGACCGCGCACAUGAGCUGCUGAGACACAUGCUGGUGAGUGGCGUGGCAUGGCAUGGGAAGCGCAUCUGUGGGCGUGACAGGGAAAGGCAUGGCCGCAUGGGCAGGGGUGGGCGUGACAGGGAAAGGCAUGGCCGCAUGGGCAGGGGCGCACGGCGUGCAGCCAGACGCAGCGUCGUUCAACUUGGUGGUGGCGGGCUAUGUGGCGUGCAGCAUGAUUGGACAGUUGGGCCUCACUACCGCAUAGCGCCGCCUCAUACCCUGUCUGACUCCUCUCUCUUCCUCUCCCCCUCUCCCUCACUCCGCAGGCGCACGGCGUGCAGCCAGACGCAGCGUCGUUCAACUCGGUGGUGGCGGGCUUUUGAGUGGUUUGAGCGCAUGAAGCAGCGGGCGGACACGGCGCCCAACCACAUCACGUACGCCACACUCAUGCACGCCCUCGUCUCCUCGCCGCCCCACCUCAUCCCUGCACCCAUCCUCGCCCGCGCUGCCGCUGCCUCUGCUGCCUCUACUGCCGCCACCCCUGCCACUGGAGCCACUCCAGUUAGCUCUGCAACGCAGCAAGCUGCUCUCACAGCCAGCAGCAGCACGCCCCCAGCACUGCCUCCCCUUGCACCCGCCACUUCACCCGCUGCGGCAGCCGCGGUGGAUUCGCGGGGAGCAGAAUCAUCUCUGCGGAGGCCAAGCAUUUUGAAGACUGCACGGCCCAGUGCGGACAGUAGUGGUGGUCGUAACGCCGCUGAGAGUCUUAACUCUGCCGAGGGUGAGGCAGGUGCAUGCAGGGGGGAGGCGCUAGAGCAGCAGGGGCUGGGGAAUGGCCGUGCGGGCGUGCUGGAUGCUAGCCGCAGCAGGAGUGAGUCUGACCGCCCAGGGGGAAUUGUUGAGAGGCCGAACGGAUACAGCAGCAGCAUCACUAGCAGCGGCGGCGGCAGGGACAACAUGCUGGCCCGGACAGGCUUCAGCAAUCUGGCGAUGAGGGAAAUCAGCGAGGACCUAGCAGGUGCAGGCACCCUGGAUGAGCUUGCGGUGGUGGCAGCGCGGCAGCUGCUGCAGGAGAUGCGCGCGCGGGGCGUGGCGGGCAACACAGCCGUGCUGAACGUGCUGGUUAAAGCCCACUGCGACCGCGGGCAGAUGGGCGAGGUGGAGGCGCUGCUGAGGGAGAUGGGGUGUGGUGCGGGUGCUGGGAAGCAACGGCGGGUGCAAGGCACUGGGGAGGCUGCUGGAGGCUCUCAGGGUGCUUCUGAUGGGCCUCAAAGGCCACCCGCUGCUCGCGAGGCUGCUACUGAUGGUGCUUCUGAGGCUGAGAUUCCGCAAGGAGCGGCUGUGUGGGGCGCCCCUGAUGCCGACCCUGCCCGCGCCCUCUCCGUGUUUGAAGACAUGCUUGUGGAGGCUGGAAGUGGUGGAGUGCGGUUGGGAGGGAGAGAGAGCGGUGGUGGGAGUCGGGGAGGGAGAGGCGGCUCGGUGGUGAGCGGUGGAGAGGAGUUGCGGGUGGAUGCGGCGGCGUGGGGUGCGGUGAUUGACUCACAGGCGAGGGCAGGGCUGGUGGACCAGGCGUGGAGCCUUCACCUCCCUUCCGUGUCACCUUCAUUCUCCGCUCACCGCCUCGCUCUCACCUUGCUCUCACCUCGCUCUCACCUUGCUCUCACCUCGCUCUCACCUCGCUCUCACCUCGCUCUCACUGAUGAUGAAUCUCCAUUCUCCCACCACACUCCUCGCAUGCGAGGGACCAACAACUGCUCGUGCUCUCUUCUUGCUGCAUUCCAAGGCCCACUCACGCCACCGCUCAUGAUGCUCCCUCCUCCUCUUGCUGCUGCCUCGCUUCUGGCCGCACCACUUGGUGGUCCCUCUGCUGCCACUGGCAGAUGCAGAGGCACGCAUCGGUACACGAUUUUACAACUCAUGCACAUCGUCCCCGCGCCAGCCAAUAACGACACUCAAAUGCGCGCAUUGGCAACUGCAGAGGGGGGAGGCACUGGUGCUGGUGACUUCAGUCGUCCCCUCACUUUCACAUGUUUGAACCAUUCUCUUUCACCUCCUUCCUCACUUUCACCUCUCCUCUCCCACCUGCAGGCGGCUUCAGUCUUCCCCACGCCAACCACCUAUGGCAGCUUAGGCCGCGCACAGGCAACAGUGGAGAGGGCAGGGGAGGCGCUGGCAGCCUCGAUUGCCCCUACCCCAGCCACAUACGGCAGUCUGGUGCGAGCACUGGCAGCAGCAGAGAGGGCCGGGGAGGCGCUGGUGCUGUGGCGCGACUUGAAGGAGCGUCUGGUGGGGGCGGAGGGUAGUGCAGUGAUGGAUGGGCUCAUGCUCAUCUUCAUGCAGGCCGGGUACUUCCAGCGCGCACUGGAAGUCGUGGGGGCGAUGGAGAGGGCAGGGCUGGCGCCGGACAGGCUCAAGUACAAGCGCAUGCUCAUCACCUCCCUCUCCUCGCGCCGCCACCGCGCCCUCUCCUCCCUCUCCACCACCACCGCUGUUCCUGAUGACUUCCCGGGGUCCCGGGGCUUUGAGGCGCUCAAGUUCUGGCUGGGGCUGCCAAACCGCCUGUACGAGUCUGACUGGAGCUGGCGGGAUUGA